AUGGACAUUCCAGCGAAAGUCGUAAAUUCUCCAAACACCGUAGCUUCGUCGCCGGCAGCCUUAUUUCUGAGUGCUUUCUCAUCACCAUCAUCUUCGUCUCUCUCGCUUUCCAAUUCCUGGAACACACUCCCUCCGCCUGAUUCCCAAGGCCAAGUCAUCAAUGGAUACACUCUGGGCGCCGUUAUUGGAUACGGCUCGACAUCAAUAAUCCGGUUAGCCACGGCUUCUUCUGGUGGCGUUGUCGCAUGCAAGAUUGUCAAAACUCAGAACACCCUCGCGUCGAAGAAGUCUGCUUUGAGAAAAGAGGCAGCGAUCUGGGCCUCACUCUCUCAUGAGCACAUUCUACCUCUCUUUUCGUCUCAUUUCAGCCCUCUGCCUGCAUCAGGUCUAUCGUACGCAUUCUUCUUUACGUUGUACUGUCCGGCCGGGACCCUGUUUGACAUACUGCAGAAUGCUAAGAGUCAACGCCGACAGGAUGACAGCGCAGCUGGAGGGCUGAAUCAAGAUGACGCCGGUAUGCUCUUUAGACAAGUCGUGCGUGGUCUGCGAUAUAUGCAUACUGUCGUUGGUUAUGUCCACCGGGAUAUCAAACUCGAAAACGUGCUGGUUGAUGAACAAGGUCAUUGCCGCAUAUCCGAUUUUGGGAUGGCGAGGCGAAUAGGGAGCAGGAGUGGACACGCAGAUAAUAGUUCUAGUGACGAGAGCGACAAUCUGGAUGACGAAGAAGACGAUCUCGAGAGGGAAGAUGCGGGUAUAGUCGCCCUCACUCGUACCGCAUCUCUCACUAUACCCAGCAGCUCACAGAUCAUUCCGCCCCCUCACUAUCACAUACUCAAUCGCCAUCUGUCUCUCAGGCGGAGUUCGCAUUCGCUCCAUAAAUCCAACACUCUUCCCUCCCGCUCACGUCGGCGGACCACUACCGAUGUCUCGAGUGAUUCGCCUUCACAAGGGAAGGUUCAGCCGGGAUCACUGCCAUAUGCUGCGCCCGAACUCUUGAUGCCUCCCUCCCUUUCUCUUCCUUCCGCACAGAGCCAUUCGAGACGGCUCCUGGACGGCGUGAAUCCCGCCCAAGACAUAUGGGCUCUAGGAGUUUUGCUCUAUGUUUUGCUCACGGGCCGUUUCCCAUUUUCAGAUGCCUUCGAGCCGCGCUUACAGAUGAAAAUCCUGAACGGUGCAUAUGAUAUUCCACCGGGGAUUGGGCGUGCCGCCGAGAAUGUGCUGCGUGGUUGCCUAUCGAGAUCAAUUCGAUCUCGGUGGACAGUUGACCAGGUGGAUGAAGCAGGAUGGGGCGUUGGGUGGGGCGUUGAAGGGGAUCGUAUUCUGGAGGGUGUUGAAGCUGAGAGAAUGGAUGUCUGUUGGCCAAAUGUUACUCCGACUGUCGAGGAUGAUAGUUGUAGAGGAGAUGUGGACACACGCAGACACAGAUCGGCAAGCGCUGAUAAGCAUCCGUUUAUAUCCCUUGCAGAUACGACAGACGACCUUGAGGAGAUGAAGAAGCCCAUGUUGAAGUCUUCUGAGGUGAGUGGGGAUGGAGCGAUUGAGCGGACCAGGCCUUGCCUGUCAGCUUUGCAUAAUUCGAUUUUCCGUGGCUCCUCACCGAGUGCGUCAAAUCUGAAUCCGUCCCCACCAAAUACGAGUUCGAGACCGAGGAAUCUAUGUGUUGAUAUUUUGUCUCCAACGUCCUACCACGGCCAAGAAGAUUCCGAUUCGGCCUUGGUUGUGUCGCCGCUUCCGACGUCUAUAGGCAUGUUGUCUCCGCUUACGGAGGGCGUGGAGCAGGACGGCUUCACUUCGAGCGAUAUCAAUUCCAGGCCGCGAAGUACGGUCCAUGACGCUCCUCGUACGCCUCGUCGCCGAAUUGCAUCCCCACUGCCGCUCUCUCCCCUCAAGGGCUUUGUCGCGCCAGUCACAUCCCCUGUAUCCUCUCUUUCCUUUGCAAUUCCGCUCUCCUCAUCACGGGAAAGAUCUACCUCCCCUUCCCCGGCAACCUCCUCCACUUCUCCCAACAACGAGUUACCGCCGUCUCCGCUGCUCUAUAAGGAAGACAAUGGGCCACUUCCCGCCCACCUUUCGAUAUCGAGCACCUCUUCGUCUCCUCACGUUCCCCUAGCAGGAUUAGGCUUCCCUCCUGUCACCGUGGAACGGGGCCGGCCGUUACGCAAACACUACGCUGCUUUGUCUCGCUCCCCCAGCCCAAGCGUGCAGCCCAGAACGCCCUUGGACACGGGAUUCUCUGCUACGUUCAAUGGAGGGCAAGGAAACACUACUCGCCGGUCGAGCGGUAGUGGCGGUAGUGGAACUCGCGCGAGGUCAAGGGCUAUGGAGUCUUUAGAAAGUUUGCAGGAGAAGGACGCUUCGAGGGGAAGAUCAAAAUACGUGAGGUUGCGGCCGCCAGGGGAUGUACUAACUUCGUUCGAAAGCGGGAUCGAGAUCAUGUCCAGAAGCGACAGUGGCAGUAGUGAUGCUGUUGUUGGGAUGGAGCACGAUCGGAUCCGCCGGCCUCUGGGCAUGGAUACGGUGAACGAACUGGAAGGCUGGGCAGGAGAAAGAGCCUCGAUGGCGGACAGCAAGAUGGGCUCUUUGGCAGCAGGGACUACUGCUUACGACCGCCUAUUUUCUCCUGAGAGGGGCGUCAUCUCGCCUGAGAGAAGUGGAGGGACCUUGGAUACCGAUGCCUCGUCACCACUAUCGAGCGGUCGUUCUGCAUCUCCUCGACACCACCAUUCUUUCAGUUCUGGUUUUGGGUUCUUCAAAGUCGAACGUGACAAGGGGAGCCGACGUGGACUUGGUGAUGACGGCGCCAUAAUGGCAAAGGGCAACUGGGCAUCGAAGGGCAAGGAUGCGGAGGCUGAUAGGAACUUGGACAUCAAUGGAAUCGUACGGAGUCGGAGAGCGGGGAGCACGCCACCCACGUCGGUUUAUUUCGCAAAGGAUUCGCACAUCCAUUCGUUGCAUCAUUUACGUCCGCAAUACGCUCACCCUCACCCUACGACACACCAUUGGACUCACUCGCACACCCCUGUGUUCUUAGGGUCCAAUCAUCCACAGAAGCGCGAUCAUUUCGGCCUUGGUUUGGCUACGACGCCGAUGCCUCUUACGCCCGCUGGUAUUCACAGUGGACAGCAUACACCUGUUGCGGCAAUGAAGAGCGCCCCUGCCCACGCUGUAACGGUGAAAGUGCCCGUUUGGGGGAAGGGGAUUGGAGUGAGUGGGAUGAGGAGCAGAAGUCUCGGCCCAUUAUAA